CAACAAAAGCUCCGAACGGGCUUCCCAACUCGCACACAAUCGUCCUCCCACCAACAACACGUGCUCCAUCCUCUCACUUCAACUGAUGUCCAAACUGCAGCCUUGGGGGAAUCAAACCAACGACAUUACGGGUCUGACCGGGCUCCACCACCAGAGCUCUGUAUUGAAGUAGAACCGAAGCACACCUGGCUGCAAGUGGACCCUUCACACCACUCGGAGGAACAGAUUCGGCAUCAACAUGUCACGUCUCCUGAGCCUCCUAUGCCUGUGCCUGGUUGGGCAAGUUCUCAGCCAAGACAUGCCCUUUGAGGAAUAUAUUGCCCAGAUCCAAGCAUGUCCUAAAGAGUGUCGCUGCCCCGCUAACUUCCCUCGGGCUGUCUACUGUGACAAUAAAGGCCUGAAGAGCAUCCCCAACAUCCCUCCACACACAUGGUAUCUCUACCUGCAGAACAAUCUAAUUGAAGUCCUGUCAGCGGAUGCCCUGCGUAAUGCCACCGAGCUGCGCUGGCUGAACCUAAACCGCAACAAAAUCAAUACAAACGGAGUGCAAGAAGGUGCCCUAAGUGCGAUGUCUCACCUGGCGCACCUCUACAUGGAUGAGAAUCUCCUGUCCUCUGUGCCGAAUCCCCUGCCGGCCAGCCUGGAGCAUCUACGUCUCUCUCACAAUCGCAUCUCCAGUAUCCCUGCUCGUGUCUUCAUUGGUCUCGAUAAGCUUAACCUCCUGGACCUCCAGGGAAACAAGCUGAUGGACGAUGAUGUGACGGAGGUGAGCUUCAAGGGUCUAACAAAUCUGGUACAGAUCAAUCUCGCCAAGAACCAGCUUAGCAGCAUGCCCAUUGGCUUACCACCCAGCACUACCCAGCUUUUUCUUGACGGCAACAACAUUGAAAAGAUCCCAACUGGCUUCUUCAAAGAUUUGCCAAAUAUGGCAUUUCUCAGGCUCAACCACAACAAGCUUGGCAGCAGCGGAGUUCCCAAAGAUGUGUUUAAUGUCUCCAGCAUUUUGGACUUGCAGCUGUCCCACAACCAGCUGACCGAGGUUCCCUUCAUUCCCUCCGGCCUUGAACAGCUUCACCUUGACCACAACAAUAUCAAAACUGUAAGUGGCGCCAACAUCUGUCCCAUCUCCUUUGAAGCCAUGCAGGACUCGGAUAACGACAGCGUUCCUCGACUGCGCUACCUCAGACUGGAUGGCAAUACAAUCAAGCCCCCAAUUCCCAGGGACGUCAUUCUGUGUUUCCGUCUCUUGAGGUCCAUUGUCAUCUAAAGAACACAAAAAUCAUUCGCAUUAUGGAGGCAAAGUUUAAUUUCCCACAACUGAUGAUUACCUGUGAAUCUGAACUGUUGACAUGAGUAAUAUUUGCAUGAUUGUGAAUGUUUGCAUGAUUUUCGUAGAAUUUGCAUGUUUGUGAAGCUCACAUGUUGGUCAUUAAUUGGCAUCAAGUUGUUUCAUUUCUUGGUUCCUUUCAGUUCCCCAAAACACUCAAUUUGUAGCAGUGAAAUUAAAAUAACAACUAAAAGAAAUUAAAUACAAUUGACGGAGAACUGAGUGAUAAGAAGCUGUAUUGAUGCUGCCGUGUGAUGACCACUAGUUGUGCCUUAUGUUGGUGUAAACAUUUGAAUUCAGAAUAAAGAUUUGAUCAUAAUCUAGAAUGAUAGUGAUUUUUGCAGAUAGGAGUACAGAUGUGUUAAUUACUUAUUGAAAGACAUCAUUAACCGUCUUUGAGCGGAAUG